GAUCGGCCACCACAGCACCAGCGACGACAGCUCAGCCUAUCGCUCCGUGGACGAGGUGAAUUACUGGGACAAGCAGGAUCAUCCCAUCUCCCGCCUGCGGCACCACAUGCUCAACCGCGGCUGGUGGGACGAGGAGCAGGAGAAGAGCUGGAGAAAGAGCUCCCGCAAGAUGGUGAUGGAAGCCUUCGAGCAGGCGGAGCGGAAGCCGAAGCCCAACCCCCAGCUGCUGUUCUCCGACGUUUACCGGGAGAUGCCGCCGCACCUGCGGCGCCAGCGGGCGGCUCUGGAGCGGCACCUGCAGCUCUACGGGGAGCACUAUCCCCUCGAGCUCUUCGAAAAGUGA